AUGGCGCGUAACUCUGAAAAGGCACAUUCGAUGCUGUUCCGCUUUCGCGCGGCGCAGGCUGCCGAAGCGGGAAUCAUUGACAUUUCGCGCACGCGCCGCCCCAAGCUCAUCACGUCGGUCAACUCGAUUCCCGUGUGUGAAAAAUGGCGUGGCCAGGUUCUCAAGGAGAUCUCGCGCAAAGUCACAAAGAUCCAGGACGAGGCGCUCUCGGAUUACCAGAUUCGCGAUCUCAACGAUGAGAUCAACAAACUUAUGCGAGAGAAACACAUGUGGGAGAGCCAGAUCAGGUCGUUAGGAGGGCCCAACUACAUGCGAGGCGGAAGAGUGUUAGAUGAGGAAGGGCGUGAGGUGCCUGGAGGUGGCAAGGGGUACAGGUAUUUUGGGCGAGCCAAAGAGUUGCCAGGUGUCAAGGAGCUCUUUGAAAGACAGAGUCGCCCAGAGGAUGAUAUGGACAAAGGACGCGAAAAGAGGAGCGAGCUUAGGCAAAAGGUGGAUGCGGGUUAUUAUGGCUACAAUCUGGACGAGGAAGAUGGCACGCUCUUAGCAUACGAGAAAGCAAAGGAGCGCGAGGCCUGGGACAACUUCAUGUUACUGGGCGAUGAACUGGACGAGAAAGCGAGCAGAGUGCAAAAAGAAUGGAUCGAACUACCAGGCGACGCGGGCGACGGUGUACGAUGGCGAGUACCUACCCUCGACGAGGUCAAUAACGAGCUUGUCGAGCGCAGGAGGAGGAAGCUCCUUGAGAAGUUGGGAUGA